AUGGGUUCUUUGAUUCAGAUUCUGGGUCUGUUCUAUAUGGUAUGUUUCAGCUUUUUUGUUGUGAACACAGUGAGUGAAAGUGUGAAGAAAGGGAGUGUUGUAAUUGAUGGGAGUUCUGUGAUUGGAAAUAUUGAUGAGGAUUUUGUCUGUGCUACUUUGGAUUGGUGGCCUCCUCAAAAAUGUGAUUAUGGUACUUGUAGUUGGGGUCUUGCUUCUCUUCUCAAUCUGGAUCUCAACAACAAGAUAUUUUUAAAUGCAGUGAAAGCCUUUACACCGUUGAAACUGAGAUUAGGCGGAAGUUUGCAAGAUAAGGUGAUAUAUGGGACUGAUGAUUACGACCAACCAUGCACUCCUUUCGUUCGAAACGAAUCGGAAAUGUUUGGGUUCACACAAGGGUGCCUCCCGAUGCCAAGAUGGGAUGAGCUUAAUGAUUUCUUCCAGAAAGCAGGGGCUAAGAUUGUGUUUGGAUUGAAUGCUCUUAAUGGAAAGUCGAUCCGUUCUGGCUCCGCAAUAGGUCCUUGGAACUACACCAAUGCCGAAUCGUUUAUUAAAUACACGGUUGGAAAGAACUAUGACAUUCGUGGAUGGGAACUUGGCAAUGAAUUGAGCGGGAGUGGUGUUGGAACACGUAUAUCUGCAGACCAAUAUGCUUCUGAUUUUGCUUCUUUAAGCGACAUUGUUCAAAAUGCAUAUAAAGACGUUGAGCCUAAGCCGUUAGUCAUUGCUCCUGGAGGUUUCUUUGAUGCAACAUGGUUCAAGGAGUUUAUAACCAAAUCUGGCAACUCUUUGGAUGUCGUCACCCACCACAUUUAUAACCUUGGACCAGGAGUUGAUACACACCUUGUGGAAAGAAUUCUGAAUCCUUCAUAUCUUGACGGAGAGAAAAGUACAUUCAAAGCCCUGAAAGAUGUACUUGGAAGUACAGCAACUUCAGCAACAUCGUGGGUUGGUGAGUCGGGAGGGGCUUAUAACAGUGGCCAUCAUCUUGUAUCCGAUGCAUUUGUGUAUAGUUUUUGGUAUUUGGAUCAACUCGGCAUGUCUGCAUCAUACGACACUAAAGCAUAUUGCAGACAGAGUUUGAUAGGAGGAAACUAUGGUUUACUCAAUACUACCAAUUUCCAUCCAAAUCCAGACUAUUAUAGUGCUCUUCUUUGGCACCGACUCAUGGGAAGACGCGUACUAUCAACUACCUUCUCAGGAACAAACAAGAUACGAGCUUAUGCACACUGCGCAAAGCAAUCCAAAGGAAUCACCAUACUAUUGAUCAACCUAGACAACAGCACAACAAUUGAAGCAACAUUUGGCAACACUAACAAUUUGAGGUACAGAAAGAUGUCUUAUAGUUCAAAAAUAAUGAAACAACCUCUUGCCAGCGCAAGCGAAACAGCAAGAGAAGAAUACCAUCUAACUGCACAAAAUGGAAAUUUACAUAGCCAAAUCAUGUUACUGAAUGGAAAUGUUUUAGCUGUAAAUUCAGAUGGUGAAAUCCCUCCUUUGGAGCCAAUAUUUGUAAACUCAUCAAAGCCAAUAAGGGUUGCUCCUUUCUCCAUUGUAUUUUCUCAUAUACCUGAUGCUGUUCUUUCGGCUUGUGGCUAG